AUGACUACAAAUUUUACUUUCUCAACAACCCAAAAGGGUGAAAAAGCAAUAUUGUAUAAUAAUUACUUAUAUCGAAUGAAACGUGAAACUCAAAAGGGUAUAUCUUUAUAUGUUUGUACAAAUAAAUCUUGUACUCGAAGUGUUACUUUACAAAAUGAUACAAUAAUAAAAUGUAACGGUAUAACUCAUGAUCAUGAUCCAAAACUAAAUGAUAAUGUAGAGGUUGUAUUAACUGGAAUAAAACGUCGUGUAUUAGCCGAUGUGGAUGUACCAAUAGGCAAAAUUUACGAAGAAGAAGUUAAAAAGUUUCGUCGUGUAAAUGGUUCAGCUGCUACUAUUCCAGGUUUUGAUGCUUGGAGAUCAACCUUAUAUUCUAUUCGUAAAACAACUUUACCUUCAGUACCAACAUCGAUGGAUUCAAUUACAAUUCCUGAUAUUAUGUCGUUUACUCAUUCUCAUGAACAAUUUUUAUUUUGUUAUACCAACGCACCACACAAGAUUAUCGCCUUCGCAUCAGAAUCAGCACUAAAAAUAUUAAGUAAAAAUCAUCACUGGAAUGCUGAUGGAACCUUUCGUACAGCACCAUCAUUAUUUUCUCAAGCUUAUUACAUACACGUGUGGGAUGAGUACAGCAUGAAGCCUAUCGUCUAUUCAUGUUGCCAAGACAAAUCAGAAUAA